AUGGAUUCCCAAGACCAAGACCAUAAUAAUGGUGGGUGCAGCCCCCUGUCUGUGAAACAGGAGCCAGGCGAGCCAGAAAAUGCAGCUCCGAAGGCCGGAAAACUGCAUUGUCCCAAGCCAAAUCCUGCUCUGCUGGAGACCAUUGAGGCCAACAAAGACCGACCCGAAAGCCGACCAGGCAAUCUUGAGCAGGAGAUGCCGAGUGAGCAGCAGGAAGAAAAGCCUCAUGACAAGCAAAUCUCGUUGAAUACUCAAGAUGAGACACCUGGGUUCGACUUAUCGGGAACUCAAAACAUGGGCGACAACGGGGUCAGCAAUAAAAACGGCAAUGGGGAAGAAGACGAAGAGGACUGGGAAACAGACAAUGGACAAGACAGUGGAGAAGACGAUAAGCAAAGCCGGGAGACAGACACUUCGGAAUCUGCACCCAAAGAUUGCAACGGCUCGAAAGACAAAGAAGAGAUGCCCACGCCAAAUGAAGAGCAGACAUCUAAGCCAGACGAAGAGGAGACAUCCAAGCUAGACGAAGGCAAGUCAUCCAAGCCAGGUGAAGAGCAGACCGUCAUGCCAGACGAAGACGAGGGUUCCAUGCCAGACGAAGACGAGGGUUCCAUGCCAGACGAAGACGAUGGUUCCAUGCCAGGCGAAGACGAUGCUACUCAAAUGUGGUUCCUUCAUCUGAAGAACCCCUCUCAUGACGACAGAGCUCGAUUUGACCUUGCAAAACAGCAAGAAGCCGCGCGAAUAUCCCAAAUAGAAGAACAAAGGCUCCUUGAUGAGGACCUCCAGCUUGAAAAGGAAUUGAAAGAGCUCGAUCAUCUACUUGAAAUUGACUCGGAAAUGGAAUUGCAAGAGGUGUCAACAGACGACGAGCCUCAGGAACGAGCCCCGAAAAAGCCGAGUUCAAAGCCAAAGCCAAAGCCAAAGCAAGCUACAAAGGCUCAGAUAUCGAAAGAAGAACUUACCAGGGCAUCCGACAUUGGUCUUCGGCAUUUGCUUGACACGCGUGAGGAACAGCAGAGCAAAAACUCGAGUGCCAAAAAAGGUAUCAAGCGUCUCUUACAACAUGCGACAAAAAGGUCCACAAAAAAGACGACAAGGGUAUCAAACAAUGAUAUUGAAGGACUUUUCUACCAUGAUAUCAUCGCUAGUGCUAACGUGAAUGCUUCGAUGGCCGAGCUUCCUGGGUCUGAUAAGAAGGACAACCUCAAAAGGUUCAAGCCAGCCGCGAAACUCGUGGGAAAGGCCUGGAAGAUCAAAGGACUGGAAACGCACUUGUACCACUACCAGCUCCUUACUGUUGCUUGGAUGCGUGAUCGCGAGAACUCUGCUGCCGCGCCAAAGGGUGGCUUGCUGUGUGAUGAGAUGGGCUUGGGAAAGACACUCACAGCGAUAGCAAAUUUCGUGGAGGGACGUUCUGCAACCAACUCCGAGGGCCCGACUUUGAUCGUGGUCCCCAGGAACCUGGUCACGCACUGGCUCAAUCAACUUACCACACACUGUGAGGGGAAAUCGGUCAACCCGGUCGCGUACCAUGCCGGUUCGCGAAUGCGCGCCGGUAAUCUAGGAGCUUGGUUUCAAGACCAGGAUAUUGUUGUUACGACAUAUUACGAAAUUUGCAAUUCAUACCCGACCAUGAAGCCACCAGAAGGGCUCAAAACCCCCGAAGGUAUCCAAGAAUGGUGGCAGCAGUUCUAUGCUGAGCAUCUCGGGGCCUUCCAUGAAAUUACGUGGCACCGCAUUAUUCUCGAUGAGGCGCACGUCAUCAAGAACCCGAAGUCGAAGACCUCUAUUGCAGUCCGGGCCUUAAGUGCGAGUUACAAAUGGGUCUUGACUGGAACUCCUCUGCACAAUUGCAUUGAGGAAUUCUAUCCUUACUUCGAAUUCAUUGGUGUCCCGGCAAGCGUCCCAUACAAUACCUUCGAACAAAAUUACUGCAACGGCAGCCAGUUAUCCCAUGAUAGACUGAUCGCCAUGCUUCGUCUCGUGCUUCACCGAAAAACCCAUGACAGCCGCAUGUUCAAAUUACCGCUCAUACAUCUUCCAGGGAUUGCUCAGCAAGAAAAGCUUCUUGAGCCUAACCCAGCGGAGACUUAUCUCUAUGAAAGGAUGCACCAGUUCUUCAUCAAUAUGCUCAACGGCUUGGUCUCGGACAAGGGCAAGCAGUUCAAGUGCUUUCUCACCAUGAUCCUCAAGCUUAGGAUGUUUACAAGUCACAUACUCGCUGCCCAGGACAUUGUCAAGCGGGUAAUUGAUCAAGCUGGGGUCAUCCAGAAAUUGAAACACCUCGUGAAUGGGCAAGGCAACUCCCCCUCGGCUAACACAAUUAAGCUCCUUAUUGCCAUGAAGUCCAAGGUUUCGCUACCUUGGGAGUCUGCUCCCACUCGAGUUGAGGAUUCGUUCGAUCGACCACGACCUCCGGCAAGCAAUAUCAACCUCCGAGAAAAGCUGCGGGCAGAACUGGAUAUUCUUCAUCAACGGAAAAGGUGGAAUGAGCGUCUACAGCACAGUGAAUGCCCUCGUUGUGGAUCCCCACCCGUGGAGUCCGUUGUCCUUACCGCCUGUCUCCAUCUCUAUUGCGAGCAAUGCUUUGACGAGCUUCCUGAUGAAGAUGGAAAUAUCGACACAGUCAGUCGUCUUUGUCGCAUUUGUCAAGUGCCCAUCACAGAGGCCAAUUUCUACAAAGAUCUAUCGGACCCAGUUGAACUCCCCAAGCAGCAGUCCACGGCCCAAUCUCCCGAAGCAUCCUUCAUGAAAAGGAAGAAAUCAACACCCAAGAAGACAGCAAAGGGCAAAGCGAAGCGGCAGCGAAAAAGCCCCAAGGUCGACAAGAGACCAUCAAAUUUGCACAUACUCGACGGCAUAUCAGAUGAGGAAUCGGAUGACUCAAGCGAAGACGAAAUGGAUCUCAAGUCCGAUUGGAUUCCCCACAUUGGGUAUCAGAUGCCCAGCACAAAGCUUGACGCAAUCAAGGAUCUGGUCGACAAGUGGGUGAAAGAGGACAAAAAGGUCAAAAUUGUGAUCUUCACACAGUUUCUGGCAUCGGUAACGCUCAUCGAGUAUUUGUGCCAGACGAAUGGCUGGGGACAUACCAAGAUGUCCGGAAAGAUGUCCUUUUCGUCACGAGAAGAUCAGGUCAAAGAUUUCCGAGAUGAUGAGGAUAUACAUGUCCUCAUCUCUUCCCUGAGAACUGGUGGUGUUGGCCUCGAUCUCUCUAUGGCGAACAAGUGCAUCAUGGUCGACUUGUGGUGGAAUGAAGCUGCAUACUGUCGUCUCUACCGUAUCGGCCAAGUUCGCGAAGUUGAGUACGUCAAGCUAAUCACGAAAGGCACCAUUGAUGAGCUCCUCUUUGAUAUUCAGAGAGGAAAGACCAAGAAAAUCAACACGGUAAUGAGUCAGAAGGCUCUCACGGGGACUAACUCUAUGAUGGAGUUACUUUCCAUGUUUGGACAGGUGACCGAGACCCCCGGUGGUGCCUUUCGAAUCUCGGCUUUCAAUCCGGAAGAGAAAGCCAGAUUCUGGGAGCCCAUUCGCAAACGGAACGACACGACCUGA